ACAAUAUCCGCCGUCUCAUUCGCGGUUUAAACUUUGCUAAAGAACCAUGUCUAUAAAUUACCUAUUAAUUCUGACGUGUCCUCUCUUUCUGUUGACUGUAUGUGCGAGCGUGACGGAGAUUUUAGAAGGGGAGACGCUUCACAGGAGUCGAAGACAACUCCUGUUUCCGAACUCUACGUUACUGCAGUUCAACAUUGGCAUCGGAACACCCACUCCAGCGAAAAUGGUCAACCUGAACUACGCUUUCCAAGCUAACUUCCAGCUACCGUGGAACAGAUCACAAAUACCUUUUGACGUGUUAGAAUCGUACAAUGGAUAUACUGGCAUGUCUAGGAGGAAAAGAGAUGAAUAUGAGAUGAAUAAGUUAGAAGGAGAUGGGUAUUAUGACAACGAUGGAAGAUUGUAUCAUUUUUACAAGUUCGUUGAGAGUUUCUUGACAGGUCUGGGUCUCAAUGGUACUGCUUGCGUGCUGCGGACGCUGUGUCAAGUUGGUGCCGAGCCCCUGCACUCAGAGGACAAGGAGGAUCUACUCCACGAAUUAGUCAGUUACGUCUUGAACCCAAGAAAUGACAUCUAUCACACCGACUAUCUGCACGAGGUACAGCCGUACAUUGAAGCAUACGAACACGGAGAAGGCAAUAAGGAAUGCAUCAAAACAUAUCAAGAUUGCCCAAUGUCGCUUAUUGAUUUGUUUUCAAAACUGUACUGACUUAUCUAAUGUAGUGAUUUAAAAAUUUGAUAUUCCAGUCUGCGUCCCUAAACACAAAAAUUGUUAACGCGCGUCCCGGAAGGUUCAACAUAUAUAUAUAUAUAUUAUAAGGGAUAGGCUCACAAACUUGGGAUUCUUUUUUAGGCGAUGGGUUAGCAACCUGUCACUAUUUGAAUCUCAAUUCUAUCAUUAAGCCAAAUAGCGAACGAAGCCAUUCUGUCUUUUCAAGACUGUUGGCUCUGUCUACCCCGCAAGGGAUAUAGACGUGACCAUAUGUAUGAAUGUAUGCGUAUAUAUAUUAUUGGUGUACUGUACCUAUUUUCAUUGCUAGCUCUUAUUUCAACUUCACCCUUAUGGGAAUAUCCCAAACGACAUCAUCCUUACCUUAACAGCCCAUAAAAUUCGACUGCUGGACUUCCCCAUAAAUAGAGGGAUUUUACCCAUCACUAGGGUGGGGAAGCGAGUUGGUUAUCGCAGUUUCUAUUGAUUCUAGACCACGUUGUCUUAUCAGCGUAGGAGGCGCUACUGCCGUCCUCCCUUCAUCGCCUUUUACGGUACUCAUGGUAAGAUAUGGGGUGGUGCUAUCUGUAGUUGCUUAAUCACAAAGUAAUAUUAAAAUAACUGAAUUUAGUUUAGAUUAGUUAUUUAAUUGAAAAUCUCUAUCACCUUUGCCUUUUUUGAAGAAAGAUUGAACUGCAGCUUUUGGUUCACUAUGAAUCUGAUGUAUCAGUUCACUGUAUUUCUUUAUUUUUCAUUGGUAACUGAUAAAAUUUAUGCAAU